CUUUAUAUAACUAGUGUUCGGACUUGGGACUUGGGACUUGGAAGAGCCCAGAAACGAAAAGAAAAAUUCCAGUAAGUUUAAACUUCCUGUCUCCCCGAAAAACUCUCAGACGACGAAACAAUGGAAGGCAAAAAGCUAACGAAGCAGCAAUCAAAAGACCCUUUCGAAGCGGCUUUCGAGGAGGAGCAGCAGCAGCAGCAGCAGCAACAGCAACACCAAGACGACGACUACGACUCUCCUCCCGCUUCCCCCGCUCCUCCUCCUCCUCCUCUUCCCAAUAUUAUUUCCAAUUCCGAAUCCAUUCCCAAUCCUCCUCCCGAAGAAAACGACGACGGCGACGACGACAACACCGUUCUUCCUGUCGUCAUUUCCGGAGACCCAUCUUCUUCUUCUUCCUUAUCCGCCGUCCCCGCCAACUCGACGGCGCCGUCUUUGCCGUCGUCUUCUCGGGGGGCCCACAAGACCCAUAGAGACGACAAUGAGGAGGAGGAAGAGGAGGAACACAUGGAGGUCGAGCUCGACAAGUUCCCUUCCAGCGCUGAUCCCGAUAAGAUGGCAAAGAUGCAGGCUAUUUUGUCGCAGUUCACGGAGGAACAGAUGAGUAGAUACGAGUCGUUUCGGAGAGCCGGGUUUCAGAAAUCUAACAUGAAAAGGUUGUUAACUAGUAUCACCGGAACCCAGAAAAUAUCCAUACCGAUGACAAUUGUAGUCUCCGGUAUAGCAAAGAUAUUUGUUGGUGAACUUGUUGAAACAGCUAGAAUAGUUAUGUCCGAGAGGAAAGAAUCCGGGCCAGUUAGGCCGUGCCACAUUAGAGAAGCAUAUAGACGGUUGAAACUGGAAGGGAAAGUACCAAAGAGAUCUGUACCAAGGCUCUUCCGCUAGAUUACUAGUUACAAAGUCAUGUGCCAAGUUAAUGUUAGUACUAGAGUUCGAGAUCCCUCUCUGGCAGUUUAGUUCAGAAACAUGUAUAAAAUCUAUGGAACUCGACUGGAUUUGGGCCUUUGAUGGUUAAUUUUACUUUUGAUAUGGGGAGGAAGAUGAGGAAUUGUAGAUCAAACAGCCGAAUGCAGGCAUAUAAAGUGCAAACUGUGGAUUGAGAUUUUAAUGGUCAUGCGUUUUUUGUUGGAGUGUCAUGGGGAAUUCGGAGGUGGACAAAUAGUUGUCAUGAUUAUUUGUUUUAAGAACUUGUUAAAGUAUAAAAUUAUUGUUGGCUCACCUCUAACCGUCAAAAGUUUAAGUCGUUAAGAGAUGGGCCAACAAUAGUUUUAUACUUUAACAGAGCUACCAAAAAGAUUUUGCCACAAAAUGUUGGGCGGGCCACUUCGAUAUUGCGAAAAAAAUGGUACUAAAGCAUAUAUGUUUUAGUCUAGUAUCAAUUUUAACGUUUCUUCUCAAGAUAUUUCCUGCAAGAGAUUCAACCUUUAUGAUAGUGGGAAAGUAUAUUUGUCAUGUGACGAUUACAAUGAUGAGAUACGUUUAUUUUGUUAAGAAUUCUCCUCCUGUUUGUUCACAAGACAAACUAUUAAGAUUGAACCAAAGUAAUGUACAUUUUAGUAUA